AUGAACUAUACAGACGUCAAGACGACUACGCUUCAUUUCGAUCAGUUGAAUUUGAUCGAUAAACUAUCUAUUCUUGCACCUUAUAAACUCUAUAACCCAAGCAACUUCAUUAAUCGUCAGAUCAAUUAUGAAAUAAUCUCCUUCGUGUUACUUAUUAGCAUUGCAUUGAGUUGUGCGGUGGUGGGAGCAUAUACUACAAUCAGUAAGCCUGUGAAUGCACUUGAUCCCAACGAAGAUAUGCAAUCAAAGUGGGAUUGUACAGACAAUGACAAUUGUAAUUACUACAAGGCAACAAAUAGCGACCUUGAGUUGCUCAAUAUUGAGUCUAUUGGAUGGAAACAUGCUUUAAGCUUGCCUUUGAUAGGUUCCGUUGUAUUGUACGGCUUAUACUACGGGUUAACGCGUUUUGACAAGGAUAGCCUUAUGGUGGGCUUAAACUGGUACAUUUUAGGAAUGAGUGUGUUUCCCAACUAUCUUACGUAUCAUUACUUGUUGACUGUCUUUACGAGAAAAAUUCAGAAUUGUUUCAAACUUCAACCAAUUUUUCAGAGGUACAGAAUGACAUUAUCGAAGGACGUCGACAAUUUUCCAUUGGGUGUGGUUGAACCUAUCGACAAGACCAAAUUCAAAAAGGUGUUGCGUCAUUUGAGAAAUGUUGGAGUGAAGGUUAUCAAACCAAACUUGAUUAAGACAGAAAACCAACUCAUUAAUUGCUUCUUUGAUUUAAAGAUUUUAGUCAUUCUUCCCGUCAGUAUAUUUACUAGUUUUGGGUUCUUCAAAUUCAACCCAAUCUUGAAUUCUCAGUACCCAUUAAGUCAAACCAAUUGGAUGAUCUCUGAUAUUUUAAGUAUCAACUUUGCUAUCUUUGGAAUAAAUCAUACAAGGAUCUCUAGUUUUAGAGUUGCAUUUAUAUUGUUAGUUGGGUUGUUUAUUUAUGAUAUUUACUUUGUUUUUGGUACAAAAGUCAUGGUUACUGUUGCUACUGGCUUAGAUAUCCCAAUCAAAGUCCUUAUUCCACGCAGUCCUGCUAUUUAUUCCAGCAAUGUGUUUGUUGACUUGUACGAAGUAUUAACUGACUCUCGUCAUUGGGAUACCCCAAUGUCCAUACUUGGACUUGGGGAUAUCGUCAUCCCAGGUGCAUUUGUCGCAUUAUGUCUCAGAUACGACUUAUUCAAGCAUCACGAAGCUAAUAGAAAGUCAUUUCACCAUUUGCAAAGCUAUCCUAAGCCAUAUUUUGUUGUCAGUAUUAUUUCAUACUUCGUUGGAUUAUUAUUGACCGUCUCAGUCUUGUAUGUGUACCAGGUAGGUCAGCCUGCCUUAUUGUACAUAGUACCAUGCUUGAUUUUAGGUGUUUCCUUAUUGAGCUUGAUCAGAGGUGAAUUUGGCCAAAUCUUGAACUACAACGAAGAUAUCGAAGAACCUACCGAAGAAGAACCUGAAGAUCAGAACUCAGAUCAGGACCCAGAAGAUGAAGACAGCGAAUACUCGGUUGGCGACGAUUCAGAGUGGGAAAGAUUAGUGGAAGAAAAAAUGGAGAUCGAUGAAGAUUUCGAGGAAACUGACUUAGACGAAAUAGACCUCUUGAUUGCAGACCAAUCAAACCCAAUCCAGGUUCCCAUAACAUAUGAAUUCGAGUCUGAAGACGACGACGACACUUUCAUUAUCGUGUCCGAUGAGUCAUCUGACUCCGAAGAAGAAUCCAGUGACGAAGACGAUGCCUCCGUCAGCCAAUCUGACGAAGAAUAA